GAAAAAACCUUAACCUAAUUUUCGCCAUACCGUCGCUGCCCCAACUUCUCGCUUGUCGCAUUUGAGCAUACCACACACUCAGCGUUUUCGCAUUUUCUCGUCGUCGCACAUCGUCAACCAAACCGAAAAUACGACCUGUUAACACGCCAAAAUGCCUCUUGUCAUCGACCUCUUGAACCCCUCAGCUGAGGCAGAAAACAAAAAGCACAAGCUCAAGCGUCUUGUGCAGUCACCUAACUCUUACUUUAUGGACGUCAAAUGUCCAGGUUGCUUUGCUAUUACAACCGUUUUCUCGCAUGCGCAGUCGGUAGUGCUCUGCGGGUCGUGUGCAAGCGUGCUCUGCCAGCCCACAGGUGGUAAGGCAAGGUUGACAGAAGGUUCGUCAUUCCGCCGGAAGAACUAGAUGCACAUCUCUACACUGCACUGUACUUUGUCUUUUCCCCUUCGUGUUGCAUGGCAUCGCAUGAUCUACUUAGUUUGACUCUUCGAAGAUGAAGAUUAUGGAAAAUGCUAUGAUCCAUAUCACUUCCCUUGUACCUUCCGACAUGCCAUCCAUGUAUCUCGGUGAAUACUAAAACACCCGCAGGGGUGACUCACCCCGCAGCAUCCGAAUGUUUUGAUCUUCUCGACUACUGCGAGUCAUUUGAAAUUGCACUAGCUGUGAUCGGUACCGUCUGC